AAAAAAACAAUUCGAACUAAUCUAGAAUUCUGUGAUAACUCCCAUUGGUUGAUUGGUUCUACUAUAAUAAAUGUACAUUUGGACCAAACACACGAACGCAUACAUUUAUUUUUGCCCGAAUAUAUAUAUACAGGUUGAGGUCGGGUUUCUAUCUCCGGGUUGACCCGAACAACUCCCAAAUUCCCUCUCUUCUCAAUAACCUAACCCCCAUUUAAAUUGCCCUAACCCCCCGGCAUUAACCAACUCUCCAUUCUUCUCCGGCCAAUCACCGCUACAAAAACCUCCGACAUCCCCGCCGGUAAACCACUCACACCGGAAAACGAAAAUCUUUCACCCAGUGGAAAACAGUGUGGGAGUUUCCUAGCUGAGCUGAAAGUUGAGAAGAGUAGAAAAUAGUGAAUUUUGUGAGGGGAAUGAGCUGAGUUGAUAAUGAGUAGACUCUCAUUUAGACCGCGGCCUCUUGACAUUCACAAGAAGUUGCCAAUUUUAAAAUCUAUUAAGGAUUUUGAGGAUGAUGAUUCCCAGACUAAUACACGAAACCUUAUCCUUCGUCUCACUGUUGAAGCUACAGAAAAUGAGGUACCCCAAACUUCUAGCAAGAAGUUGGCUCCUGAAAUACCCACUCCUGAGUAUGUAGUUGUGGAUACAUAUGAAAGGGAUUAUUCACGCACUUUUGCUCAGCCAACAUCAUAUAUUCAUGCUAGAGGAGCUCGGGCUGAGAUCGGAGAAUUUGUUGAGUAUGAUCUUGACAAUGAGGAUGAGGAUUGGCUUCUAGAGUUCAACAGAGAGAGAAAAGUUCUUGCAGCUGAAAAGUUGGAGACGAUUUUGUACAAACUAGAAGUUUUAGAUCACAAGGCCCGAGAAAGAGCAGGAGUUAUAGCAAAUACACUUGGCUCGCCAGUUCCUGUGCUUCUAAGUUUUGAUGCUGCUGUUGAGGCCUUGCAAUCUUUAUCUAUUAAAUAUGGAGUAUUCCAGUCUAUUUAUAAUUACUGGAAGGAUAAGCGGGAGCGGUUGCAGAAGCCUGCUCUUCGGCGUUUGCAGCCGCCUCCACCAGUUAACGACACAAAUCCGUAUAAUGUAUUUAGGCCAAGGGAGAAGGCCCACAGACUUCAUACAAGAAGGAUGCAAAGGAGGGAAAACAACGCACUGUCAUUUGAAAAGCUUCGCCAGGUUAGGCGCAACCUUGACCAGGCAAAGUUCAUUCUUGAGGCUCUCAUCAAGAGGGAGGAGAAGAAGCGAGAGGUUGUUGAGAGUGAGAUUAGUCUCCAGAGACUUCAGAUGAAACACAAGAAUGAAACUGAGCUUUUUGAGGAUACCUUAACUCUGCCUGAAUUUCCUUCCUUCCCAAGUAAGGCUGGUUCAAGUGAGGAUGAAUUCAUCGACCCUGAUGAUCCUUUUAUUAGCCAUCCGCAUGGUCGGCAUAUAACACAAAACAUAGUGUUCCCCGACACGAAGCUGGUAACUGCUUCUCCUAGAAUCAUGAAGCGAGAGUUCAAGCGAAGACACGUUCCACAUGGAUGGCUCCAUAAAUUGGAUCCAAAUGAGCCACCUCUGCUGUUCACGAAACCUCUGGACCCAGCCAAAUUGUCAGCUGCAGGCAUCAUACCUCCAGGUUCUCCAACACCAAAUGGCCUACCUGCACACACAUUUAGCUUUCGCGGAAGGAUGGGGCGAGGUGGCCGUAUCGUGUUUGAUAGAUGGAAUCCACUUAGCUAUACACCAAUCGAGUGUGGUGAUACUUUAUAUGUUCCACCCAAGGCCCGACAUUCUGCACAUCAAUGAUGUAAUCAGCACCUCAUGAGCUUGUGUCUCAAUCCCCUUAAAAGUGAUAUAUGCGUAUGAUAUUUGCAAGGAUGAUGCUAAAGAUAGACGAAGAUUUUUGAGACAGUGAGAAUUGAAGAACCAAGACCCCCAUUAUGGACUUUGAAGAGGCACAAAUAUUUGACAAAUUUGCUGAAGGCAAAUGCCGUAGGAUGCUUAGAGCAUCGUUUUGCUGUGAUGGCUUGCCUGGUUACUUUUGCAGGUGCAAGGGUGCACCAUUCUCAUUGUAUCUACGUAGUUAGGAAAUGGAAGCAUCUCUCAAAUGUACAAUAUUUCUAAGUUAGGACAAGGGAAGAAAAAGAGGAAAAAGUAUCUUCCUGUCUUUUGUAGAAUGUUAUUGAUGAGGUUUAUUCUAAGUACUUGCUUACGUAGAUAGUGUAUGAGUUUGUUGUAAAUGAAGGAUGAAGUUAGCUAUUCAUUGUUAAUUUGGUCAGUUUAUUUUCCAA